AUGGCGACCCUCAACUUCAACCUGGUGAACCAGUCUGGUUCGAGCACGGCCUACGCAUAUAUUACUGGCCAGGCUAUUGACAAUAGCAAUGCGCUUUUCCUCCUACGGGCUGAUGGCAAGACGGCGUAUUACCCGACUUCUCCGUCUGCUACACUGACUGCCCUUGCGCAAGACUGCGCGAUUCCACUUGGCGCGGUAGGAAGCACCACAACUGUGACGAUCCCGCAUCUGGCUGGAGCUCGGUUGUGGUUCGUGCGCGAUGGAAAGUUGACCUUUUACCUGAACCCCGGCCCCGCGCUGGUUGAGCCGUCGUCGUCGAACCCGUCGGACGCCAACUACAAUUUGUUUUGGGAUUUCUGCGAAUUCACCUGGAACUCUUCACAGCUCUAUGUCAACAUCACCUAUGUGGACUUUGUCUCCCUGCCCAUUGCCCUAGCGCUAACAAACACGUCCGGCACGACGAAGACUGUACAAGGCCUUCCAGCCGACGGGCUGGCUACAAUCUGCACCGCGCUUAAGGCUCAGAACACUACAGAUGGCGCGGGAUGGGACAAACUCAUCGUGACGAACAAUGGCACAAAUCUCCGCGCUGUGUCUCCCAACACUGGAAUAGUACUUAACAGCGGGCUGUUCAGUACCUACUAUGCCGCCUACGUGAACCAAGUCUGGUCCAAGUACGCAAGCACCACUUUGACUGUCAACACUCAAGCUUCCGCAGGCGAUGUUACAGCCACGGUCUCAAAUGGGACUCUUAAUUUCUCGACUGGAAGCAUCACUUAUGCCCAGCCAUCCACAGCAGACAUUUUCAGCAACAGCUCCGGCGCUUUCGCUGUCUCGGGCAACAGCACCAAGGAUGCGAUCACUGCUCGUCUGGCUGCCGCAUUCAAUCGGUCUACUCUCCUGAUCGAUACAAAUCAGCCAAACGGCGAGACAGUCGCAAAUUACUACCAGAACCCAGUGACCAAUCACUACUCGCGGAUCUGCCACGCGACGACGUUGGGCAACCGCGGUUACGCGUUCCCCUAUGACGAUGUUGCUCCAGCAAAUGGUACCGACCAGUCGGGUAGUGUCUACGACUCGAGUCCCAAGCUGUUGACUGUCACUCUGGGCGGUGGCGCGACGACAACUGCUGCGGAAUCUGUCGAGCGGGUGGCUGCUGGUACUGAUGCGCCCGCGCCCUUGACUGGGAAUCCGAAACAGAGUCGUCUGAGGAAGACCCUGCGCAAAUUAUUCCAGAAGAAAUGA